AUGUCUCCUCUGUCUGAGACGCUGCCCAAAAAACAGGAGAAAAUCAUCAAGCCCUUGCUCAAGCUGUUCAAGCGACUCGAGACGGCUUUGGGCAAGUUUGACGGCAAGCAGAAUGGAAUCACAAAGACCAAUGUUCUCCGCACUGUCGUGCUUCCUUUCCUCCGGCUGCUGCCCCCUUUGCACUCCCUCCUCAAACCGGAUUCCAAGCUUUAUCUCAGCUUUGCCAGUAUUUCCACGUCUGUAUUGGGGCUCUGGUGGCGCCUGCUUCUAUCAUGUUUGAGCGCCACUGGCGUCCUGCAAAUUUCCGCCACAGACCGAAGCGCAUACCUCGAAUGCAUCUCUCGGAUAUUCACCCGCAUGGAGUGGCUUCAAACCGACUCACAGGCCACCGAGACAUACACAGCGUGUCUCACCGACACCCUUGAUUUUUCCAUCUCGCGGCUUUUAUCGUUGAAAGUCGUACCGGUCUCAAUAUCGGCCUUUGUGGGAAAAGUUUUCGCCUAUUCAUUCUUUUACCUCCCAGGUGCUUGCAACGCGUUACUCUUUCUUUUGAAUGUUAAACAAAAAAUUCUAGACAAGCUGUCCCUGGCUUUUCUGCUGAAGGCACCCGGCUCCAAGACCAAGGCUGUCUCAGUCUUCCCCCAGCAUGUGAUCCACUUGAUCGAUUAUAAAGGCCUUCAAAAUCUAGAGAGGGUCAAACGAGGUGCAAUCAACUGUGUUGCUCCUCCAAGACAGCCUGUCAAGGGAAUCCGUGACCCUUCCGGGCCUUGGGUGAGACGCUGGUGCACCGGCGAUAUCGACAUAUUCAAUGCAUUCUUCCGUCACUACAUUAACAUCGUGCAUGCUUCCAUCGAGAACUCAUCCAUUGAUCCUUUAGAUGUACCCCCCAGCUUAUUUCCAGGGUUUCGGGUUGUCACAUCAUUCAUCUAUCAGAUCAUAUUGGUUUCGAUCAAUAGAAUACUGCAUCCUAAGGCGGCUCCCAAUAUUGGACUCAAUACUCAGCAUGCCCCAUCUGCAAUCCCAUUGCAAAUUCUGGGCUCUACUAAAAGAAGUGCCUCUGGAUCUGGAAUUCCUUCCUCGAGUCUCCCCUUCAAACAAACUGAUAGCAACUAUGCUUCAAUCACCAAGAUAUUUCGAAGCGUACGUGAUAUAAGCUACUCCCUGAUUUCCUUUUCCAAUACACUCACUGGAAUUGUGGACAGGCUCUUAGCAGAUAUUGCCAAAUCGAUAGGGUUAUACGAUGUCAACAAAACCAGUUUCUUGCUAAAUUUGGUCUAUGAAUACUCCAUUCAUGUUCUACAUGCAUCUGAUAUGGAUUGGGAAUUUUGGCUUGGUUGUUGUUAUCUCAUGUUGACUAAUACUUAUCAUGUGCAGAUUAUCACCAGAAACUUUGCAUUCUUAUUUAAUGUGUGGGAUAAGAUACCAAACUUGCUAGAUGGUGGCCUGGCACGGUCUCACUACUGGCUAGUAGAUCCUUCCGAAAGUAUGAAAGUGAAUUUUUCAAAUUGGCUCACAUCAAGUUCUGUAUGGAUUCUUUACUUUCCUCAUUGGAACCCUUUAGUCAGAUCUCACUACCUUCGUUUGCUAGCAUGGCGAGUGAUUGGAUUCAACAAUUUCGAGACAUCAAGUGCCGUUAGAACAACAUGCCGAAUCAAGCAAAAAUCCGACUUCAUUUUUGAUGAGUUGUGCAAAAUUUUGGCAGCUGAUGAUUUACCAAGCUCCUUGACAAUGAUGGACUUCACUCCGGAUCUGCCAAUAGUCAAUCGUAAAUUUGGAAUUGUGCCUAUCAAUCAAAAAAAUUCCUACAUGGAGGGGCCAUCGUCUCUUGUUUCUGUUUCUACAACUGCAAAACACGGCGAACUCCGCAAAACACAUCCAUACGAAAUACUCGAUGAGGCCGUGUACACAUGUACUUCUUUACCCAUCUCUCCUGGAAUGUCAAUAGCAGGAGACUUAGAUUCGACGGCUCAGCCAGAUAUGGACGGAGAUCGCUCCAUAAUUGACUCUUUGAGUCGAUUUUUCAAACUGAUGUCGACAGACGAUGCUACAGGAAGAGAUUCUUCGACUAUGGCUCCUCCCAAAGGACGAGGAAGUGUCAUACUAGGAGCGGGAGUGCCAGGAAAAAGAAAGCUAUUUUCCAAGUCCAUGACAUCUUUGUCCCUGGCUCUCUCAAUGAAGUCCAUAUCGUCUAGUACGAGUAUAUCUUCUUUCCAGUCUUCGCCCAACUCAGCAAAUGAUCAAUCCACAGAAUCUUCAAUCACAUCUGACUCUGAGUCUUCACUUUCUGAUUGCGCAGUUGGCUCAUCGAUCUCGACAUCGUCCUCAAAUUCCUUGAAUAAUCAACCCCCAGAACUUAUUAAGAUCCUUCCUGAGAUAGUGCGACCAACUUUUAAGCUUGAGAUUGUGUUGGAUCACGGGUUAGCAUCUUCUAAAUGCUCAAGAAUGCAAGAAUCCAAAUGUUCGUGGAACGGAAGGGUAUUCUACGGCAGUGAGACAGUGCCUAACUUGUCCUAUACCACUCUACCCAAACCGCCGAAGAUCCCGUCAGUGUCUAUUUUUUUGAACUCUGAUGCCUACAAUAAAUUUUUCAUCACCAGAGAAGACUACCAAGUUGGAGAAGAAGUCUUGACUUCGGCAGAUCACGAAGAUUUCAAGGUUUAUUUCGAGCAGAUGACUGGCAGACUAAGAGAUCAUACAAAACUUGCUACACUAGGUAAGGCAUUAAAUGAAUGGAACGCAAUCGUGGAUGAAUUUGAAAGUUACUUGUUUGACAAAGUAGAGGCUGACCAAAUCAAUUAUUUACCUAUUGUUUCAGACGGUGCAGGAGAGGCCGUCGCCUCCAGCGAAAUUAGUGAGGAGGAGUAUUUUACACGCAUAAUUCCGCUUCUGCCUAUCGACAACUUCACUGAGCUGAAGUUACUCAAUGCUUCAUGA